AUGUUUAUUGCGCGAUCAGAAUACGACCGCGGCAUCAACACCUUCUCCCCCGAAGGCCGUUUGUUCCAGGUCGAAUACUCCUUAGAAGCUAUCAAGCUCGGUUCAACCGCCAUUGGAGUAGCAACCUCAGAAGGUGUAGUCCUUGGCGUCGAGAAGCGAGUAACCUCCACUCUCCUUGAAACUUCCUCCGUCGAAAAAAUCGUCGAAAUCGAUCAACAUAUCGGCUGCGCCAUGUCUGGUCUCCAAGCCGAUGCCCGCUCAAUGAUUGAACACGCCCGCGUCGAAUGUCAGAAUCAUGCUUUCCAUUUUGCGGAAUCGCUUCGCGUUGAGAGUUGUACACAGGCUAUUUGCGAUUUGGCGUUGAGGUUUGGUGAAGGUGCGGAUGGGGAGGAGAGUGUUAUGAGUCGUCCUUUUGGAGUUGCGUUGCUGAUUGCUGGUUAUGAUGAGGAUGGCCCACAACUAUAUCACGCCGAACCAUCAGGAACAUUUUACCGAUACGACGCCAAAGCCAUCGGCUCCGGAAGCGAAGGUGCCCAGGCCGAAUUGCAGAAUGAGUAUCAUCGAUCCUUAACUCUGGCCGAAGCGGAGACGCUUGUGCUCAAGACAUUGAAACAAGUGAUGGAGGAAAAACUAGAUGCCAAGAAUGUGCAGUUGGCUAGUGUGACGAAAGAGAAGGGUUUCCGGAUCUAUGAUGAGGAGGAGAUGGGACGGGCUGUUGGGCAAUUGGGUGGAAAUUAA